AGCGUUCUCUCCUUCAUCCUCUUAUCUAGUCAGAACCCUUGGUUAAACUCUACUCCUGAAUCAAGGAUCAAGGGAGCAUGGAUUUCUGUUCUCAUCGAUCCUUGAACAGUGAUGAACAACCUGGCACAUUACUCCCGUCCGCUCAAACAUGCUGUUGGACUUAAACUCGACCCCGACAUGCCUCGAUCGAAUAACAACACACCCUCUCGCUUGCAUGUUCGCAUAUCGAGCGUCAUUGCAAUAAGCCUGCCGAAUCUUUCCGAAGUCGAUUCAAUCCCUCGAUAACUCAAGAAAUAGGUUACUAAUCUAUCUUCUUCUCCUAUGGCCUCCCGAGAUUAUUCUGAACGUCAGGAGCGUCCCCCCUACGUUCCUACGCCUGACUCGCUGUCAUACGAUGAAGGGGCUUUCAAAGAUAUCGAAAAGUCGUUGCCCAUCGAAAAAUGCACUGCCAUCCCGACUUUACAAGAAUCCACACCAAUUGACGAUACUCCCGAUGGAGGACUUCAUGCGUGGCUGGUUUUAUUCGGUGCCAUGUGCAUUGCCUUCACGACUUCAGGAUAUAUGAGUGCAUGGGGGGUCUUCCAGGCAUAUUAUGAACACAGUAUCUUGCAGGACUCUUCACCAUCCACUAUUGCAUGGAUCGGAUCAAUUCAGCAAUCCUUCCUCUACAUUCCGACCUUAAUAUUCAGCCGACUUCUAGAUAUGGGAUACUUCCGUACCAUGCUUACCUCUGCUAGCGUGGUUUUCAUUGUUGCUACAUUCCUUAUUGCCCAAUGUCAUGUAUAUUGGCAAUUUCUUCUCUGUCAGGGUCUCCUUACUGGGGUCGCCGCAGGUGUAUUUUCAGGACCCGUCAUUGCCAUCCUUUCACAAUGGUUCCGGAAGCGGAGAGGUCUUGCUCUCGGCCUAUAUGCUGCCGGUGCAUCGCUCGGCGGUACCGUCCUUCCUAUCACUGCCAAAGCUCUUAUCCCGACCAUUGGAUUUCCGUGGACAAUACGCGUGAUCGCCUUGAUCAUAAUGUUCGGCCUUGCCCUGGGUAAUCUGACCAUCAAACAAAGAAGGUCUUCCUCGCUAGUGAAGGGAUCGCUAUUCGAUUUUUCUCCCAUGCGAUCGCAUGCUUUCCUUGUCUAUUGCUUUGCCGCAUUUUUCGUCUACCUUGGCUACUAUUCUUUCACCACAUAUGUUGCAGCCUUAGCAAUCAACAUCGGCGUUUCUACUAGCUUCUCCUUCUAUCUAGUGUCCAUCUGCAAUGCUUGCAGCGGUGUGAGCAGAAUAACGUCAGGACUCACUGCGGAUAGAACAGGGGCAAUGAACCUAAUGAUACCUUUCAUCACGCUAUCUGUGGUGGUGUAUUGCGUCUGGCCUUUUGCUCGCGCUGAAGUAUCACUUGUCAUCAUCUCAGUUUUGUAUGGUGUUUCCAUUGGACCAUUUGCUUCUUUGUUCUCGAGUCCUGUUUUGGACCUUGGGGAAAAAGAUCAAUUAGGACGUAGAAUUGGUAUCCUCAUGUCCAUGGUCGGUAUCGCAAUGCUCGUUGGAGCACCGAUAACUGGCGCAGUUGACAAAAGUCGUGGACCAAUUGCAAUGGGGCUGUACGCAGGAAGCAUGAUGCUCUUUGGAGCGAUACUGAUGAUGAUUGUUCGACACAUGAAAGUUAAGAGCAAGCCGAGCUACUGGAGCAAGAUAUAAUAUCAAGGUGUUGAUUGUUUAAGGAUAUCCUAAAUAUUUAUGUAAAUAUAGUCUAUCACAGUACACCUGAAUGUCCCUCUGGUAGGCAUAUAUGGUAAUGUGAUUCUUACGCGAUUCAUGCUUGUGGAUCUG